AUGGGAAAGAUUGACAAAACAUCAGAUCUGGAUUUAAAUGCUCGAAUAGCAGAGCUGCAGGAAUUACGAAAAUGUUAUAGAGAAUUGCUUUCGAAUGCUCGUAAUUUUACCAAUUAUAUGGUUCUUGCUAAUAAUAUGCAGAAGGGUAUGGCAAGUGCUUUGUGUGAAUUGGCUACUAAAGAGACCGCUAUUUCUAAAGAAUUAAAUAUGCAAAGCGAGCUCUUCUCUGUUAUGGGACAACAUAGUGAACCUUUACAAAGAAGUUUGUCACUUUUUCUUUCUUCACUUCAAACACUUUGUGAUAAUACUAUUGAAGAUACUUUUUUGACUAUUGAAAGUCAUAACCAGGCUCGACUCGAAUUCGAUGUUGGCCGUAAAGAAUUGCAAGCAGCGCGUGAAAACCCUAACAGUACUGCUCAAACAAUUGCUGUUUUAGAAGAACAAUGUAACCAACAAAGGGCAAAAUAUGAACAAUUGAAGGAAGAUGUUAGGGCAAAACUUGUUUUAUUAGAAGAAAAUCGUUGCAAAGUUAUGCGAAAACAAAUUUUAGCUUUACACAAAUCUUUUGGUCAAUGCCAUUUAAAUUGUUCUCAAGCAGUGGAAAAUUCAACAGGAUCAAAUGAUUUUACAAAAAUGGCCGUUUUAAAUGGUGGACAGGAUUCUUUACCGACAAAUUUGGCUUAUGGUGGAAGUAAUGGAUUCCAAUCAUUUUUGGAAAAAUAG